AUGGCUAGCAAACGCGCCCCCAAGGCCGCUCCCGCCAACGACGACCUCGACGACCUCUUCGAGGGUAUCGGCGACGAGAAGGCCGCCCCCAAGAAGGGCACCAAGCCCAAGACUGGUGUCCCAGCCGCUGCCAAGGGCAAGGCUGAACCCGACAUCCUCGCCGAGCUGGAGAACGAGCUGGGCGAGAAGCAGCCCUCCCGACCACACACCCCGCGCAUCAAGGAGCCCGCCAAGCGAGCCACCGGCACUCCUCCACCUGCCGGCGAGAGACUGUCUACCGAGGACCGACCUGCCGCCCAAGCUCGCAAGUCCGGCGACAGCACCCGCUCCUACCAUGCCAGCUUCACCCCGAGCGCCACCAGCUCCGACCUGCACGAGGCCGAGAAGAAGGGCCCUGUCGAGCAGACACAGGCUGCUGCUGCCUCUGGCGGCGGCUGGUGGGGCGGCUUCCUCAACACGGCCACCGCUGCCAUGAAGCAGGCCGAGGCUGCUGUCAAGGAGAUUCAGUCCAACGAAGAGGCCAAGAAGUGGGCCGACCAGGUCAGAGGCAACGUCACGGCCCUUCGAGGAUAUGGCGACGAGCUCCGCCACCGCGCCCUCCCGACCUUUACCAACAUCCUCCACACCCUCGCUCCUCCCAUCUCCUCCCACGAGCGCCUCCUCAUUCACAUCACUCAUGACAUGGUCGGCUACCCCUCUCUCGACCCCCUCAUAUACGGCGUCUUCUCUCGCGUCAUGGCUCAGGUCGAGGGCGGCGACCUGCUCGUCAUCCAGCGCGGCCAGGAAAACACCCUCCGCUCGCCGACCGCCGACAAGCACUCCUUCUUCACCGGCGCGCACUCGGCGGCUGGCUGGCGCGACGGCCCCUGGUGGCGGGCCUCGGACCUGCCCCGCGACCUCGGCAGCGUCAAGGGCCUGACCGAGGGCACCAAGCUGUGCCGCGCCAGCGCCGAGGCCUACGCCAACGACUUCUUCGCCGCCCAGGGCGGCCUCGAGCUGGCCCGCCAGCGCGCCAUCGAGCCCGUGUCCGAGUCCAACCCGGUCCGCAGCUCGGACCUCUUCCUCGGCGUGCAGGCCAUCACCACCGAGGGCGACAGGGCUCUGUUCGCGGGCACGGCCGCCGGCGAGAAGGAGAAGGCCGACUCGGCCGUGCUCUCCGAGGACGACACGGACGAGCUCGUCUGCUUCGCCGUCUACGUGCUCGACCCCGUCCACGAGAUCGUCUUCCACGCCAUCAGCCAGGCCAUCCCGGCCAAGUGGAUGCGCUGGCUCGACGCGCCGGCGCCCCUGACGCCGGCCAGCAGCGCCGAGGACAGCGAGCAGGUGCCGCCGGGAGGCGGCGGCGACCGAGACCUGGACCUGGAGAGGGUGCCCGAGGAGAUUCGCGAGAUCGUCGAGAGCGGCGGCGUCGACCCGCGCGAGUGGGUGGCCGAGUGGCUCGAGGAGGUGCUGACGCUGUCGGUCGGCGUCGUGGCGCAGCGGUACGUCGCGCGGCGCAUGGGCGUCGGCGAGGGUGGCAUCGGCAAGGGCAAGAGGAGGAUGGAGGAGCUGGUGCAGGAGGGCGGGGGCGAGGCCGCGCGGGCGGGGCUGAUCUGA